AUGGAAUCAACAUUUUUAAGUGAUUUUAAUCACCCAAGAUUAAAUAUAAUUCAAUGUUAUUAUUGUAUGGGUACUUCGUUAAGUAAUAUGUUCACCCAACCGGUUUCCCCUAAUCUAAAAAUUGUUUAUUUUUUAAGUAUUAGACAGGAUUCAAUUUCUUUUCAAUUAGAUUUUUCAAAAAUUAGUACUUUAAAAGAGAUAAAAUUUGAAAUAUAUGGUUCAAAAAGAAAGAAUAGUAGUAUUACUUUGAAUAAUGAUAUUGCAAACUUGGAAAAUUUAGAAUUAAAAAAAUUUUCAUUUACCACAACUAAUCUUCCAGUAAUGGACAAUUUUAAAAAGCUCCAGAUGUUAGAAUUAUAUUCAUAUGACCCUUUCGAUUAUUCUAAUAUUGUAACGUGUGGUUUAGCUAGCUUUGUUAAAAUUGAUUUAGGUACGCUUCUUGUACCUGGAAGUUUCCCACCCUUUUCAUUAAUUCCAGAAGGUAAUAAUAUUGAAAAUAUAGAUAUGAUAUUUUCUGCUAGUGCGCCAUCAUCAAUGAUUGAUUUAACAAAUCUAAAAAAUUUAAAAUCAUUUUCUAUUAUAGGAGAUUUUCGACUAUUUAAUAUAGGAAAUGAAUUUCCAAUUUUACCACACCCAACCCUGGAGUCUAUUCAUAUAAACAAUGGUGAAUUUAAUGAUCCCAAAAACUUUUUUGUUUCCUCUCCAAGGCUUACCCAUAUAAGUUUUAUUAGCAGUCUACCUAUAGACUUUACAGCAUGGAAAUAUUCCGAUUUUAGAAAUUUAUUGCAACUACAUUUAGGCAAUAAGUUUACGGGUACAAUAGAUGAAAGUUUUUGUUUAAUUCCUGAUUUAUUUGUUAGAGGUAAUAUGUUAAGUGGUGUCAUUCCUUCUUGUUUUGCUUGUUAUAUUUCCCAAUACCCUUCAAAUUUUGAUGGUAACCAAUUCACUAAUUAUCCACCGGCUCCAUCUUGCACCACCAUUCUACCUAAUUCAUGGUAUAAUAUAUCCGAACAAACUUUAUAUGUAUAUGGUAAAGAUAUUGGAAUUAGUAGAAAUGAUAUAUCUCUUUCUUCACCCCUUUCUAACUAUGAAUUUACUACAGUAACACCUUCAAGAAUGUUUAAAGUAUGGAUAUCUAAAUCAAUUAUUCCACCAAAAAUAGAAGUUGUUUUUAAAGCAAAGUCAGAAGACGGUUCACUAAGUCAGGUUUUUACAGUCGCAACAGCACCAACAGUACCUAAAGUAACCAAUAUAUUUCCAGACGCAGUUUUAAAACAAUUAAUUAUCCAGGGUUCUUAUUUAUCAUAUAAUAUUUCAUCCAUUAAAAUAAAAAUUGGUAGUUCAAAUUGUGAAGUAAUUUCAGCAACAUUUUAUAAAGUUAUUUGUUCAACCUCAGAUAUAAAUCUUUUUACAGAAACCAGUAUUUUAACAAAAAUAGCAAUAGAUGAUAAUAGUCUUGGUAAUCAAAUUCCUCCACCACCGCUAUCUAGUGAAUAUAUAAUUAGUAUGAAGUCUGAAAAUAAAAUCUGCGUUGAGGAUCAAGCUGGUUGUGGUUCCAAUACAUAUUGUGAUUAUAGCGUUGGAAGUUGUUUUUGCAAACCGGGUUAUCAAGAUCUAACAUCAAGUGGUUCAUGCACACUAGUAUCCCUAUGUCCAAAUAAUUGUAGCGGGUUUGGAACUUGUGAUACCCAAACAGGUAUAUGCUCUUGUCUUCAAGAUAGAUUAGGAGAUGACUGUUCUAAAGUUAAAUGUUCACGUGAUUGUUUAAAUGGAGGUAUGUGUGAUGAAUCGGUUGGUAAAUGUAAAUGUUCAUCAAAAUUUACUGGUGUAGAUUGUUCAAUUCAAUUACACUAUGUUUCAUCAGUAUUGCCUUGCACUAUCAAUGGUGGAAAUGUUACUCUGAAUGGGAAUUUCCCGGAAAGUAUCUCAUCUGGUUAUUUAGUUAGUGUUGGUUUGUUAAAUUGUCCAGUUCAACAUAUAUCAUCUAAUCAAAUUCAAUGUAUUUUGGCUUCGGGUAGUGGUAUUCAUAAUGUUAUUGUUACUUUGAUAUCAAAUAGUGAUGUAUAUUUUACAGGUUUCGGUAUUUUUAAAUAUAUAAACCCAAUUAAAGAAUGCCCAAAUAAUUGCACCUCACCAAUAAAUGGAAAAUGUAACACAACUAUUGGUCAAUGUGAUUGUUCUCAAGAUUACAGCAAUUAUGAUUGUUCUCUUAAAAAAGAUUUGAGUAUAACAGCCCCUGUUGUAAACACUACUGUCGAUAAAAGUGGUGGAGUCCAAAUGAAUAGUAAAGAAACAAACUACAAAAUAUCUGUUAUUUCAUUAAAUGAAAUAUCAAUAAAUGGAUCAAUAGUAGCAAGCCAUUCAUUACAAGAUAGUUGGGUAAAAGAUCAAGAAUCGUCAGAAAAUAUUUACAAAUUCGAUCAAACAAUAGGUAAUAUUUCAAAAAUUACAUAUAUUAUCGAAGAGGUAAAAGAUGAAAAAGAGUUUCAGUUUGGCAGUACAAAGUUUAUUGUUCCUAAAGAAUCUAUUAAAAUUUCAAUUAAUAUUUCAAAUUAUCUUUAUGAAAAUUCAUUAAAUACACUCUCAUUAUCCUUCCUUUCAGCCACUACUCAAGAAAAUAAUAAAGAUAUGUGUAAUCAAAAUGAUGCCUCAAUUGACAUAUCAAAUGCCGAUAACCAAGAAGAUGCAAACUAUAUUGUAGUUUAUAAAAAUUCACGUCAGUUAGUUGGAAGAUUUAUUAAUAAAGUAUUUUCUGAUAAUAGAGAAACAUUUAUUUCUAGCUCAGUAGAUACUAACGAAACUAGUGUAAUAGUAUCUUUAAAUCUACCUCAUUGCGAAGUUUCUUGUUUAAUUGACCCAGAUUUCAGUGUUUUGGUUACACCAGAAUUUAAAUCAGACUGUGGGAUAAAUAAUAAAAACAAUUGGCUACUGUCAGUAGUUAUAGUUGUUCCUUGUGUUUUGUUAUCUUUGGCUAUUUUAGCAGCAAUUGUCCUUUACAAGAAAAAUCGUUAUAAUUUAAAAAUAUUAUCAAUAAAAUUAAAAGCUAUAAAGAAUAAAAAAUAA